GAUGGACCAGAGAGGAAGAAAACUUUCCCGGAAGAUAAAAAAGAAGAGGAAGGACGCUAGCUUGCCAGAUAGUGGAUAAGCUAAACUAUUAUACUCCCAAAUGUCUUUCUGGGUUUAAUAUAAACCAAACUAGUUAAUUAAAGUUAUAUAAGUCACAACUCAAUUAUCCAUAAUGAUGGAAAUCUGUGUCACGACAAAACCAGUGGAGAAUGCAGAUAUCUUCCUCCCGUUAUCCUCUUUGCGCCUGUUGAUACCACCUCUGAGGCUGCUCUCUGCAGCCAUGUGGCAAGUAGCGCAACGAAGAGAUGUCAUGGAUUAUGAGAAACUAGAGGAGUUCGUCGGCCUUGUGACAGCGACAGUUCCAGACCUGUUGAAUGAGAAACAGAGGGCCAAGCUUCUUCUGCGGCUGCGAACAAGGGUGAUACUAGAGUUGUGUUCCGCUGAUCAUACAGCUGAUAUCCAGAUCAUCCAACCCCACCUGGACAGAAUUCGCCCCCUUGGACACACAGGGAGUGGAGAUGCUGAGGUGGAUGCAGAAGAGGCCAUCUUCCUGGAGCUCAUCCAGACUUUGCUGAAAGACCCAGCGGAGAGAGAACACUUCUUCCAGGAGGUGUUUCCGACGGAGUACGGCGCCAGCUAUGACACAGAUAUGCAACUACUUGUGUGGGAAUUCCUUUCUAAACUGGAGAAGAUAUUGCCAGUACCAGACCUUGGACAGACGGUGUCAUGGCUCAGUUCUGCUCCCUCUGUCCUGGAGGAGUGUUUGCAGGCCCUCUCUCAACCUGAGGACCUGAAAUCCCUGCUGCAACACCACACAUGUCUUGAGAACUUGGGCACUCAGAGUCACACCGUUGAGAUGUCUUCCCAGGUCUUUGCCUGUUCCCAGUGCCCAUUCUUUCACAUGCAGGAAUCCUACCUGCUCCAGCACAUUGAGCGAAAUCACCCAGAGGAGUACAGCAAGCUCCAGAAAACUGAAGAGAACCCAGCGCUUCCCAGGAAAAAGUUCCCCCGUCCUGAAUUCCCCAAGCCUUUCCCCAUCCACGCAAGCUCCGAACCCGGUGCUCACACAUGCCACGAGUGUGGAAAGACUUUCACUCGCUCGUCAGACGUGACCAGGCACCAGCGCAUUCACACAGGGGAGCGUCCGUACACCUGCAAGGAGUGUGACAAGGGUUUCAAAAACUCCUGGGAUCUGACGAGGCAUCAGCGGAUUCACACCGGGGAACGCCCAUAUAUCUGCCCUCAGUGUGGCAAGGGGUUCACCCAACUGGGCCUACUGUCCCUGCACUUCACCAGAACGCCUUGUGGCCAGAGUGCUGAUCCCCCACUACAGUCCACAGAGCAACAGGAGGAGCCAAACGACAAAGGGAGUGGUCAGUACAAGUGUCAGAAAUGUGGGGCUAGCUUUGACACAGUACUAGAGCGGCUGAAGCAUAGGCAAACCCACGUGGUGAAUCGCCAUUACAAGUGUUCCCAGUGCGAGAAGAUCUACGGCCGCCCGUCUGACCUGAGGAGACAUCAGAUGAAGCACACCGGAGAGAGACCCUUCCCCUGCGCAGAGUGCGGCAAGGGCUUCACUCACGUGUGGCUGCUGAACAAGCACCGGCAAAUCCACACCAAGGAGCGGCCGUACCCGUGCCCGGAGUGCGGCAAGAGUUUCACCCAGUUACAGAUACUGAACAGACACCAACUGAUUCACAACGGGCAGAGGCCUUUCCAGUGCUCCUUCUGCGAGAAAAGCUUUACUCAGCUUGCGGGCCUGACGAGACACGAGAGGAUUCAUACAGGGGAGAGGCCAUACCUCUGCACCGUCUGUCAGAAGACCUUCUUAACACAUGGGGAGCUGGUAAGACACCAACGCAGCCACAGCGACUUCAGACCGUUCUCUUGCUCUCAGUGUCCCAAGAGCUUCAAAACCAAGCGUGCACAGAGUGAACACAUGAAUACCCACACAGGGGAGCGACCGUUCUCCUGCGCACACUGUGGGAAGGAGUUUGCCAAGUCUACUUCCCUCAUAAGACACAACCUGAUGCACACAGGGGAGAGACCGCAUCAGUGCGCUCAGUGUGGCAAGACCUUCCUUACCUCUGGGGAGCUGCUCCUCCACAGGCGAAUACACACAGGGGAGCGGCCAUACCCGUGCUCGGUCUGUGAACGGAGGUUUAGGUGUUCGUCAGACCUGACCAUGCAUCUGCGGACACACACAGGAGAGCGCCCAUACUCCUGUAUGUUGUGUAAAAAGUGCUUCUCCACCUCAACACGUCUCAAAAGGCACCUGCGCACUCACAUAGGGAAAGGUGUGUAAUCAUGGCAAGAACCUUCGAAAAUAUUGUCAUGUAUAUUAAUUUAUUUUCCAAAUCAUGUUUAUGGACUGCAUUACUGAAUAGUAUGAGGACACAAAAUAUAUGCAUUUUACUACAACUCAGCCUUACAACAUGCUCUAUUAAAAAAUACAAUUAUGCCUUUAAUUCACAUUAAACAUUUUAUUUUAACACU